UACAACGCUAUCGGCGAUCCUUUUUCUGGAUUUACGGCGCAACCGAUCAACGCCGCAUACUAUAUGCCUGGUGUGUACAAUGGCGGCUACAGCCAUGAGCCGUAUGGACAUAACGCAUAUAUAGAUACGGCAUAUGUCGACACACAGCAAUUUCCAUACUACGGUGGCUACACUUAUACACCGUACUAUGGUGAUGGUCAGGCCUAUCGGAAUUAUGCUUAUCAGUCAAGUCAAGCUUAUCCGGGUGCUUACGGUCCGUACCCGGGAGCGUCAGGGGCGUACAGGCCAUACCCACAACCACAACCAUCACCUCCAAGAAGAUUUUCAAAAGGUCUCAGUGUUGAUAAGGACACUUCACCAAGCCGUCCAGUUCCCCUGUCCGUGCGAACGACCGUUCCGUCAUCGCGAAAGCCUCGAGGAUUCUCAGCUGAUCAGUACGAUAAGCGGCAAUAUAAGCCUUUGAAAGGAUUAGUGUCCUUGCUUUUUAAACCAUCACCGGCUUAUAGGAAAACUCGUGAUCCCUAUACAUAUCGAUCAUCACAAUAUCAGGAAACUGAUUUUGGAGGCGCACCGCACGAUUACAACUCCCAGUUCCAUCGACCCUACACAAACGAGGUCAGACUGCUUAAGGUUCCAACAACGUUACGACGGAUACGACCUUUCUACGCACCAUCCUACACCACCUACCCGCCGUCAACUAUGUUCCGAACGGACAAGAAAAUGGACACCAAAAAAUAUCCGCUAUUUGCAAGAAUAGCGGUAAAAGCUGCUCAACUGAUUCUUGCUGCUGCCAUAUUGGGAUUGGUACUCGGCCCAAUGCGGGGCUCCAGUUUUCACGACUUCGUCAUUCGAACAAACACAGAAUGGCAAGGUGCCGUUGUUGGCAUUGUCUCAACGUGGGCGAUUUUCACAGCUGUUUUGCUAAUGACGAGUUUCCUUGCAAAUUCGGUUCACAUGUGGAGAAAAGUGGAUGCCCAUGUGACUUUGAUAGCGAUUUUGGCCUAUCUGCUCGCUUCAUGUCUUGAAGCGUACUACGCGGCCUGCUAUCCACCCAAUGGACCUCGAAUAAAUCUAGUCUGUCAUCGAGCCGAAUGGAUCAUAGCUACGAUACUCUGCUUCAUCAACACAGCUCUUUAUGUCCUCGACUUUGCACUUUCGUGGCUGUCUGGAGUGAACAUGCUCUGA